AUGCUCGGGGAGGUCGAUGCAGCAUGCAAUCAGACCCCAGUGCAGAGGAGCCACCGGGACUUUUGCAAAGCACUGGCAGAGGAGACGAUGGAGGUUCUCGCGCGAGGUUGGUACAUGACCGACACUGCAGACGAUCCCGUCGACAUUUCUGCGGCCCUUGAUCGCGCAAUGGAGGUGACGGAGGAGACGUCCUUGCAGGCAUUGUACAGGAUCGCCGAGGAAGCGAAGGUGGAGACGAUAAAUCAGGGCUUCAAUGCUCCAAUGCUGCUAUCGGUGGAUCUGUCUGCCACCAUGCUGCUGAACUUCGCCAGCGCCAAGAAUCCAGGCGUGUCCAUCAACACAGACUUCCUUCUUGAGAUCUCGAUAGCUUGGGUGGAUCCAUGGUGGGCAGUUCGAGACUCGUUUCUGCGAGGGACUUUUCAGGCAUUGCUUUCAUCAGUGGCCGUCUCACUGGCUUUCUCAGUUCUCAACUGA